CCCGAUCAGUGAAGGGGGCGGGGCUAAAGGUUGGCAUGGUUGUGCGUCUCUUCCAUCGAAGACACCAUCACCCCUCCACCCACUCAAAGCUCACACGGCAACACUUUGAAGCAACUUUUUCCACCUCAUGUGCCCACUUCUGAAGUUCAGACGGCAGUCUCCAAUAACGGUACCGGCACCUGGUACCGGUACAGUGUACAGUCGCACAGCAUGCUUUGCCUGGUCCACGGACGGCUGCACUUCAGUUAUAAAGCAGCAGAGCUACUAAAACGUCUAAAUUACACGGUUCUCAAAUUGUUUUCGCGCCAUUGGACAAGCAUCCGAUCGCCGGCCUUCAGUGUGCCGCCAAUUCCACCUUCGCCUUGUCAUUUUUCCAUCACACAUCACACACCCCAAGGAUUGCCAUUCAGGUUUAUCAACAAAGGCCGCUACCGUACCAACAUUGAUUGCUGUCUUUGGAUUGUCCACAACCAUUAACUAAAGCACCAUGGAUCUCCUGUUGGACACGGAUGAUGUCUUUCCGCGUCGCCUGACUGUCUUCCCCUGUGGCAACAUUUUGGCGUACGGUGACGAUUAUUCCAGUCUUUCUUGUAUCGAGGUCCUUCCAAAGGGUAAAACAAGUAUCCGCAAGUUCCCUGCAGACUAUGAUGCUGCUAUUCGCGCUGUUGCUGUGUCAACGGAUGGUCAGCGCGUUGCUUUGGGCUUUGACAACGGAGAAACCCGCGUCUAUCAGUACAAUGACUACAACCCAAAGAACACAAAAUUUCAUCCAUUUAUCCCUCCUCCAAAAACCCGAUCCAAUGACGAUGACAGUGACGCUGAGAGCGAUGAAGAUGACGGUUCCAAUCAACAACAUGACAAGAGCUGGAUGGGACCUUCACUGCGGGCUGCUGUGCGAGAUUUAAAGUUUUUCCCCAACAGCCACUGGCUUGCCAUUGCUUCGGAAGAUUCUGAUCAAGGGGUUUGCGUGGUGAAUGUGGCAUCCGAAGAUACUACCAGCAAGUGUCUUUUGGGACCUCAAUGCAAAGAUAUUCACAACUCAAGUGGAGUUCGCGGUGCUUCGGUGACUACUACCGGCAACAAUCAUUUCAUGGCUUCCUUGGCUAUGGAUGGACGCCUUUGUGUUUGGCAAGCCAGCCCCAGUAGCCUGGAAAAAUUGGACGGAGAGAAGAGUAAAGUCCCCGCCACGAAGGAAGAUAAACAAUGUGUCACCAAGGUGGAUGCUGGCGAGGCCUCUGGCUUUUCAGACGUGUACGAUCGAUCCAGUCUUCCAUUGUGGGUGUCUUCAAAUGUCUUGGUUCUUCCUGGCCAAACACACCUCCAGCUUCGGCAUGCAUCGCUCAAAGAUGGCAAAGUUGUGAUCCAGGAAUCGAAACAACCUGCCAACUCCGACCCUUCCAAGGGGCAUAUCGAGACGAUCGUGGCCUUGACAUCUGCAGGUGACUUGAUCGUUUCUAGUGGACGAGAUGGGCGUGUCAUUUUGUGGCGUCUGGAAGAGGACGAGGACGGAUUGCCCAUUGCACACUUUCUCGAAAAGCUGGGUCAGUACCAGUCUGCUCCAACCUUCAUGUAUUGGAACGAGGCCAGCAACAAUCUUUACAUAGCUUGUUCAAAUGGCACGCUUGAACUUGUUCCUGAGAUGCACAAAAAGAAACGCUUUGCUACAAAGAAGUCGACAAGAAGUUGUCAAGGAACCAAAGAGGUUUCGCUUGACGUGUCCAAGGAAGGCAGCACGGAAGUUGAUGAAGUGUCAGCUCCCACCAAGAUCUCCGCAAAGGAUAGCAAACCGAACAAAACACUGGGCAAUCCUGACGGCGAAUUCGGCCCCAGUAGCAAUGAAUCGACCAAGACCGGCCAAUCAAAAACAGAACAGAAAACUGGCGAAGAGAGGUGCGACAAGUUAGAGGAGUUGAAACCUGCAAAGACGGACAAGUCGAAAGAAGUGAAAGAACCGAGUGGAACUGAACUUGAUGUUGCGAGUAAAGCUAUACUAGACAAGCCCCAGGACAGCCCUUCCAAAUCCACGAAGCCAGAUAUUCCCAAAGGAAAAAUAACAACCCGCGAAAAUGACCCUUCAGAAGAGAGCGACGAUGACGGCUUCAGCCAGCUCAUAUCCAAGUUCUCUGUGUCAAAGAAAUCCACAGACGAUGCCGACCUUGAAGAUAGUGACGACGAGACCAUGAACAAGCCGAAACCAAAGAUCUUGAAGCAAAACUCGCCAAAACGAAAGACUGCCAAAUCCACUCUAUGGGACUCAGAAGACGACGGCGAUAGUGAUAAGGAGGACCGCGAGUCAAAGACGCCCACUGACGCAAAGACAAAGGCCCAAAUUGACGACAACGAAAUGAUUGACACGCAAGAGGAUUUUGUCGACGGCCCCGAGAACCAACCACCACCUGCCACAAGCGUGCUAGAACAGCUUGACGACGACGACGGCGGCGGCGCUGGGGACAAACCAUCGCAAAGCUCGAAGUCCCCAACGCCAAAAGUUACUGAUACGCCGAAGCCGAUGGACGAAGACUCUGGUGACGAGGACUUCAAUGAAUCCAAUUCAACCAAAAGAGGCAAGGCGAAGGCAACCAAGAAAAGCGAGGUGAGCAAGCACGACAAAGAAACUGACAACGUUUUUAAGAGUGUCGACACGGAGAAACAACAUGCAAUGGACGAAGACUCUGAGGAUGAGGACCUCACAGAAUCCAAAGCAACAAACAAGAGCAAUGUGAGCAAGAGUAACUCUGCCAAUGUCAAGAGCGCUAGUAGGGACAAGGGGAAACACCAAGAUGAAGCAAUGGAUGAAGACUCUGAGGAUGAAGACCUGAAGGAAACAAAAGCAACCAAGAAAAGCAAGGCGAGCAAGCGCGACAAAGAAUCUGACGAUGCAAAGAGUGUCGACACCGAGAAACACCAACAUGCAAUGGAUGAAGACUCUGAUGAAGACUCUGAUGAGGACCUCAAGGAAUCCAAAGCAGCGAACAAAAGCAAGGCGACCAAGAGUGAAGCUGCCAAUGCAAAGAGAGCUAUCAGUGACAAGAGUAAACACCAAGAUCAAGCAAUGGACGAAGACUCUGAUGAUGAGGACCUGAAGGAAACAAAAGCAACCAAGAAAAGUGGGGGGAACAAGAGUGCCAAUCUCGAUGAAACCGACGACGAUGUGAAGAGCGUUGGCAGUGACAAGGCAAAUCGCCAACAGGAAGCGGCUGAGGAGACUAAAAUAUUGGAGAUCGACACUGAUGACGAGGACAGCAGCGUCGUGGAAGUUUCCGCCCAACCAAGCACCAAUUCGACCAAGCGGCUAACCAAGAAGGCAAAACCUGCAGCUCAGGCUGACGAGCAUGGUGACGAUGAUGACGACGACGACAUCUUUGAAGAGGAUAUUGCCAACCAUGGAAACCAAGCAGCUGUAAAAGCUACUUUCAUCGACGAUGAGGCUGAGGAUGCCAAAGACGACGACGAUGAUGAAAUAAUUGCGGUCGGAAUGUCACAGGAAGAUGCGCGCGACAACAUGGCAGCCAACAAUGCGACCCAGACAUCAGCAGAUUUAGAGGGAGAUGACAAUGCCGUUGGCUUCACCGUGAAUGAUGACAACUACGACGAUGACGACAACAGCAUGGCAGAUGAUAUUGCAAAGAUCAAUGAGAGCUACCAACAGUCACGACAACUUGCUGGCUUGAGCGCCGGUCCCGCUCUACCAGACCCUCAAGCUGCAUUUGCCCCUUCUGCAACUCCCUUGGACUUGUCGCGUCGUUUUCUUUGUUGGAAUCACAUUGGCUCCAUCACUCUGAUGCAGGGUGAUGACGUGGGUCGAAGUACAGUCGAUAUCGACUUUACCAAUAGUGCCUUUGGCCGAAGACCCAUCACUUUCACCGACAACAUGGGAUUCAUCCUGGGGUCUUUGGGUGACGACGGGGCAAUUUUUGCGUCCGAUUUGGCUCACGAUGAUCAAGACGACUUGGAUGACUUGGACGAUGAUGUCACUGGGGGCCUUUCGCUUUCGGCACAAACCAAGGCUGCACUAAAGAAAAGCCAGAGACAGCGAAUGAAGAAAGGAUCGAAGCCUUUGGGUUCGAGCAUUUACUUUCAUCGAUUUGAAACCAUUGGUCAUCCCAAGGACAAGGAUUGGUACUUGACACUUCCGGAUGGGGAACGGGUCCUUGGGUGUGCCUGUGGGACGGGAUGGGCCGCAGUUGCCACAAGCCGCAAGUUCCUGCGUUUCUUCCUUUCGGGAGGCUCACAGGGGCACGUUCUUUGGUUACCAGGAAACCCCGUAACAAUGGUCGGGAGGAAUCGGUUUCUUGCAGUAUUCUACCAUGAAUCAAUUCCUCUCCCGGACGGAACUCAGAAACUGGGUUAUCUCCUUUACGAUGCAGUGGCCCACAGAACCAUUUCAAAAGGCUCUGUAUCGUGCACCAGUUCCGGCUCUUCCCUCUCUUGGGCUGGUUUUAGCAACGAUUAUUCUCUGAUGGCUAUGGAUUCGGAUGGAAUGCUUUCUAUGCUGGUUGCUACAGAAGGCGAGACGGAUGGUCCUACUCCAACAUCCUGGGAGUGGGCACCUCUGUUGGAUACUGUCGGGUUGCGGAAAUCGUCCGAAGACAACUUCUGGCCCAUUACUUGUCAUGACGGGAAGCUUCUAUGCAUCCCUUUGAGGGGGGGUAUUCAGUACCCGGACGUCACUGGAAGCAGACGUCCCACUCCUGCAACCCUCAAACUGAGAAUGCCGUUGGCAAAGAGCACUUUCUCAAAAAGCUCCGCGUCCCUUCUGGAAGAGCUCUCUGUACGUGCAAACAUGGCGCUUGUCCAAAAGAAGGUGAACAACGAGAUUAUUGGUGUAGACGACGAUUUCGAGGAAGAAUAUCGAAGUGCUGUUGCAGGAGUUGACAAGGUCACACUAAAACUAUUCGCAGCAGCAAUCGAAGCGGGGAAGCAAGACAGGGCCUUUGACAUGGUUCAUCGUCUGAAUCUAGAAAUGAGUUACGGAUUAGCGGAGCAAAUCGCGGAAGGUCGUGGAUACGAUAAGCUUGCUGAUGCUAUUCAAGAGGAAAAAGAGAAGAGAUUCGGGCAAGAUGGCAGCGUAGCAGGUUCUGAUGAUGGGCAGGACGACGACGAAAUCAGCGAAGGUGAAGGCCACGCGCAUGACCACCAAAGCCCGCCCGUGGGAUCUAGUACGUCUCGCAACAUCAGCCCCGAGUCCAACCGUUUGUCAUCGAAGCGGCCCAUGACUCAACACUCAAAUGGGGGGCGCAGUGUUCGGGCUCGGGCGUUCUAAGGGCAAUCGUCACAACUUCGAAGCAACGGGGCGACUUGUUGACUGGAGGCCUUGAAAAAUCACAGGAGCCGCCCCGAGCUUAAUUAAAGCUACUAAAGCUACUCAGUCAGGUUUAGUUUCCUGUGGUUUUCACAAGGCAACUUGGUCGGGAGAGCUGGAGCCUUUCGGCUGAACCACAUCCAUCGCUUUCUGGCGAAACAAUCCCAAGAAGGCGAGAGACCAUUUUUAUCCAGAAUGGACAGAAAAACCUCGAACAGACUGCUUGGUUGUACUAGUCUUAGUCUUCUCCCUUAGAUAUAAGACUAGCUAGACCACUGUAAUGUUUCUGGGAUUUAUUCAGAGGGACCACUUGAUUAGAUUUAGAUUAGAUUUCACGUAGUAUGCUAUCUUAUUGCUGGGGGAG